AUGGAUAAAUACUGCAAAGUGUGCUCUGGCACAGACGCAAAAUACAAAUGCCCAAAAUGCAAGAUAUUAUACUGUUCAUUGGCAUGCUAUAAAGUGCAUAAAUCUACGCCAUGUGAGUCGAAUGAGCAGCCCGUUCAAGUAUAUUCAAUGGCAUUGCUAUUAGAAAAGGAACCCAUACGAAAAGAGAUUCCCUUUGAAGACGAAGAAGAUGAGAGCCGAUUAAGUGAAGACAAACUGAAAGGAUUAUCAUAUGCCGAUGAGCUCCGUCCAUACCUAAAGUAUCCUCAAAUCCGCGAUUUAAUUACGAAAAUCGAUACUUCAGAAGACCCUGAAAAGGACCUUGACGCUGCUAGAGCUUCUGAUAGCGUAUUUGAAGAAUUUAUCAAGAAAAUACUUGAGACUGUCUCGGAUCAAAAAGAGACCCCAUAA